AUGGGCGGCGACGUCGGCGUGGCCCAGGAGGUGAUUAAACUUCUUGCCGACGAGGCUGGUCUUUCCUUCAUCAAGGACGUGUCGGAUCGUCACCUCGCAGUGGCUUCUACCGCGGCAUCGGGAACAAGCUUCUGGACUACCGAGAUCAAGCCAUUAUUUGAGCUCAUCACUCACCAUAGGGUCGUCGACUCCGCCGUCUUGGAGCACGAGGUGGCGGCCCUCUUCAACUACCUUCUUGGAGUCGGCGGCGCCCGUAUGGCCAGGCUUUUCGGGUACAUUGCUCAGCUGGUCCAGUCCUGGCCCGCCAGCUCACCAGAGGCUUCCCGCAUGGCAGCACUCGAGCUUUCUCUCGCCGUCUUGUCUAAAAUCUUGGACUGCAACACCACCAACAUUGUCAACGAAGCCUUUUCCACCUUAGCCUCGCUCUUCUCAAAGUGCCUCGAUGGCGAGACAACGCAGCCGGAAGACGAAUUCUCUCGACUCCAGGCCUCGAAAUAUCUCGACUACAUGCGACGACGACUCGAAGUUGGCGCCGGAAUCACUGAGUGGCAGGCUAUCACCCAGGUCGGAGCCCACCGGGAACAGUUUGUGCUCAGCAGAGACCUCCCUGGUCGCUUGUCCGCGCAAGGGGCGCGCCACGAUAACGACCAUGCCGAGAUACACGAGAUCAAGAUCCUCCCCACGUUCGACGAAAUCAUGGCGCUGCGGGGAGAAUAUCUACCGACUACCGAUUGCUCGCAAUGGCACAUCAAGGGCAUCCGCGGCCGCCUUGACCGCGAGUUUCGCCUCGUGCGAGAGGACACGGUUGGCCAGCUUCGAGACGCCGUUCGUCAAGCCUUUGAGUACCUUCGCACACCCAACAGCAGACGCGCCGACAACCCCCGAGAUGGUGUACGCACAUACACAUACGGCAAUGCCGUGCCAAUCGACGCCACAUUUGACCGGUUUUGUGGCCUGGAGCUCAUUGUGCGCUGCAGCCAGCCUGCUCCAGUCCAGAGGCUUGAUCUCAAGGGGCGCAAGGACUGGUGGACGCAGAGCAAGCGUCUACAGCCUGGAGCAUUGGUGUGUGCCAUUAACGCAUUUGGCUCGGUCCUCUUCUGCGUCGUUUCAAGCUCGACGAUGAGGACCACGGAUGAUGAAAAGGCUCGUCAGAACAAAGCAAAGGACUUUGAAGAUGACCUGUCGGCAUCUGUGGCGAGCCACAAAGCCCAUACCCUCUCAGACGACCCCGAAUACCUCCACGUGAAGCUACAGUUGAUUGAUGCCGGUCAUCUAGAGGUCAAAUUCCCAGGAGUUAUCCUUGCGUCCUUCAAGCACACGCUUGAAGGUCUUCAGCAAAUGUAUCGGAAACCCGAUCUGCCUUUUAGCGGCAUCCUUGCGCCGUCGCACGAUGAGUCUCCUGAGAUUGAUAUACAGCCUCCGAUGUAUGCAAGAAAGCCAGGCUUCUCGUUUGACCUGGCGUGCCUGAGUCAUGAUAAUGCAGCAUUCGCUGUGUCUGCUUUUACCCCAACCGACCCCGAAGAGGUUGCAUCUCGAUCGACACUCGACUUGACGCAGUCUAUUGCGCUUCUCAACACCCUGCAGAGAGAACUGUCGCUCAUUCAAGGCCCACCGGGCACCGGCAAGAGCUAUACCGGGGAGAAGAUUAUUAAGGUAUUGCUAGCGAACAAGAAGCAGACGCAGAUCGGACCCAUUCUCUGUGUUUGCUACACCAACCACGCACUAGAUCAACUUUUGGAGCACCUGCUCGACGACGGGGUCGACAAAGUGAUUCGGAUUGGCUCCCGCUCUAAGUCCGAGAGGCUAGAGGAUCUCAAUCUUAGGGCAGUCGCAGGAAAGAUGGACAGGACCAAGUCGGAGAAGAGUGGGUUGUACCACAUGGCGUUGUCCAUCAAAGACAUUGUCCAGCAAACGAAGGGUCUGCUCAAACAGCUUUCACAGAGCGGCUCUUGGCGUACAGUCAAAGCUUUCCUGUCGGAAAACCACCCCACACAGCACGUUGAACUAUUCGGAAAAGCAGAGGACGGGUUCGAGGUUGUGAUCCAUCACCCAGAGAGAGUUGUUGACCAAUGGCUUGCAGGCGGCGCUCGUGACAGCCGCCAGCCUCGGGAGCUCCGAGUCCUUAAGGAAGCACGGCUUAUGAGCAUGAGCCGCGCAGAACGGAGGGCCAUUCACGGCGACUGGCUGAAGAGCAUCAGGGAACCUGUCAUCUCCAAGAUUGGGAAAAUCCAUGAACAAUACACCGAGGCUGCAGAGAAGCAAGCCCGCGUGCGCAGCGAUGCAGACUUGCGCUGUCUCCAGCAAGCAGCCGUAGUCGGGGUCACGACGACCGGCCUCGCAAGGAAGCUAGAUCUUCUCCGGCGACUGCGGUGCAAGGUGAUGCUGUGUGAGGAAGCUGGCGAGGUGCUCGAGGCCCAUGUCCUCACGGCUCUUCUCCCGUCCUUAGAGCAUGUUGUGUUGAUUGGAGACCAUAAACAGCUUCGCCCGCAAAUACAAAACUACGAGCUGCAGAGCACCAAUCCUCGGGGCGCACAAUAUUCCUUAGACAUGUCCCUGUUUGAGAGGCUGGUCCAGCCGACUCAUCCGAGCGAUCCACGGAUUUCGUUCAGCGUGCUGGAGACCCAGAGACGAAUGCAUCCAGAUAUCUCUAAGCUGGUGCGGUCGACUCUAUAUCCGUGCUUGAAGGACGCUGAGGCGGUGGCCAAGUAUCCGAAAGUAAUCGGGCUCAGGGAACGCUUGUUCUGGCUGCACCACGAAGAACUCGAGGGUGCAGCCGCAAGCCGAGAUCCCCUCAAUACAUCACACACCAACGAGUUCGAGGUCGAGAUGACGGCAGCCCUAGUUUCUCAUCUCGUCCGACAAGGUGAAUACUCCCAGGGGGACAUUGCAGUCAUCACACCGUACUUAGGUCAACUGCACCGGCUGCGACACCGGAUGGGAUCUAUGUUUGAGAUUUGUCUAAACGAACGCGAUGCUGAAGAACUUGAUACCCUUGAGGCUGAGAAUCUUUCGGCUCAGAUGGCGCUGCGAUCCUUGGUCAAGAAGUCAACCCUUCUCAAAAGCGUCAGAGUCGCCACCGUGGACAACUUCCAGGGUGAGGAAGCAAAGGUUAUUGUCAUAUCUCUUGUUCGCAGCAAUCCUCAGGGAAAAUGCGGCUUCUUAAGCACCUCCAACCGGAUCAACGUUCUCCUCUCGCGAGCGCAGCACGGCAUGUAUAUCCUCGGCAACUCCGACACCUACAAAAGCGUGCCAAUGUGGUCGGAUGUGAUCAAGAUGCUCCAGACGUCGUCCCGCCUUGGCAGGGUCUUGGAGCUGCAGUGCCCGCGACACCCGGACGCGCGGCUUGCCGUGUCUCAUCCAGACCAUUUUCUUCAAUUCUCUCCCGAGAGCGGAUGCAUUCUACCCUGCGACAAGAGACUCUACUGCGGCCAUUCGUGCCUCGGAAGAUGCCAUUCCGACGCCUUGCACAACGCGGUCAAAUGCCUGGAGAAGCGAUGCGAGAAGAUCAUGGAUUGCGGCCAUCAAUGCCCUUCUCUCUGCGGAGAGCCUUGUCCAGGUGCGAUGUAUUGCCAGAAAUGCGCAUCUCCCGAGGUGAAGUCGACCUGCGUCGAUCUCAUCGAAAUGAAGGAAUACGGAGAAAUCGACCUAGACGACGAGCCCUGCAUCUUUCCCGAUUGUGGGCAUUUCUUAACAGUCUCGUCGAUGGACGGUCAGAUGGACAUGCCGGCGCACUAUGGCAUGGAUGCAGACGGGCUUCCAACAGAGAUCAAAGGACUUUCUGAACCCUUCUCGAUGACUGACGUGGGCAUCAAGCUUGUCAGCGGACGUCUGCCACUGCUUUCCUACCUGAAGAGGUUGAUCAACUCGUACGCAAAGCAAGUACGCAAGGAGGAACAGCCCUUUCACCGAGUGGCGGACCUUUUUUGGCAUGCCAAUCGCCAGCACAAGACACAGAAAAAGUUUCUGUACGAUGAGUCGGUCACCCAGGUUGGGGGAUCUCUUGUCGCUGCCAGGCUGCUGCUGAAAUGCGACAUCAUCGUUCUCUCCGAUCUGCUCGAGUUGCGUAAAAAGGGACAGGGGAUUCAGGCUGCUAUCGAGUUGGACUUAUCCGCUCAUCGAAUGGACUGCCAAGACCUGAUAAAGCUUGCCCGAAAAGCCGUCCGCCCCAAGGAGGAAGUGCAGGGCCAUGUCUUUGCGGCUCAGUUUUGUGGGCUCUGCAUCGCUCUCGAUUCACGACCGCGAGCCAACGGGAUCGAGGACAUGGUUGAUACAGACUCUGCCACUAAGGGCCUGAGGGAGGAGGCCUUGAACCACGUGGCUGAGGCCCGGGCCUUGUUGGAGAAGUAUAAAUCGACCGCCGGUCUCAAGGACGAGGUAGACGCGGCCGAGGCGAUGCUCAACGAUGGCGUCUACCGCCCUGUCACCGCCGAUGAAAUACGAGCUGUCCAUCAAGCCAUGGCUCAGGAGUUUAGGGGGACGGGACACUGGUAUACCUGCGUAAAUGGCCAUCCCUUUACCAUUGGCGAAUGCGGAAUGCCCAUGGAGUUGGCCAGGUGCACCGAGUGCGACGCUCCGAUUGGCGGGCAAAACCACUUGAGUGUAGAGGGAGUACGCCGUGCGGACGAAAUUGAACAUCUUACCGGGGGCAUCGACAGGAUGGGUCUGUAG